CUUCGCCCAAGCCACAUGCCCCGAACACCCAGUGCCAACUUUUCACGCCUCACACAUCCUUUUGUCGGCUGUUAGACCUCGGCGUAUAUGAACAGAACAUAGAUAUUCUGACGACCCCAAUAUGCAAGCCCAUCGCCAUCGCCGUAUUGAUGCAUUGAUCAAUACUGCCAAGUCCGAAAUUACGAGACGGCAUUGUGAUUCGUGACACGGACCAGCUAUGACAGUUGUAGAUAGACUUAGCAUAUACUGUCAAUAUAUGCGCGAGCCUCGAAUCUUCAUCGAUGUUGCCAGUCCUUGUCAGAAGCAUAUUCUUGAUGUCAACCAAGAUCGCUCUAUGCGCAGCCACAAUCAACCACCCGCCCACUAUUUCGAAACUCGAGGCGAAAUCUUCGAGAAGAGAGAAGUCUGCUUGAAUGGCAGCAGGUGUAUGGUAGGAAGAUGUUGUAGGGAGGUGUGUUCCUGGAACUGCGGUGGCUUAGAUCAAGGUGGAUUCGGAUGGGACCUGGGCUUACAGUGCCAGUUCAAGGGUAAUGUGUUCAUUGGAUGGGCUGUGAUAAUCUUGGCUACACCGGCGAGGCUACGCGUCCACCGUCCACACCUCCUACAGCACCGUCACCUUGAGCGACUCGACACCCAACGUCUCUGUCGCAACGACGCUUACGUCGAUGUCCUCCACUAAGUCCACGUCGCCUACGACAUCCGCACUCGCCUUGACCAGCCGCAGGUUGUCCGAAAACCUCUACUCGAACCUCCGCGGAACAAACGACCACUGUGAUACUAUCGACCACCGACCUCCCACCUCACUCUCAUC